AUGGCAAAUAUAAAAGAAUAUCUAUCAACGUAUCAACCUAAUUACCGAUCUAUCUCCAUCUAUCUAUCUGUCACAUCCUGUUUCUAUCUCUCAUCUUGUUUCUAUCUCUCUCUCACACAUCUUUUUUCUCUCUCUCUCUCUCACAUCUUUUUCUCUCUCUCUCACAUCUUUUUUUUCUCCCUCUCUCUCACGUCUUUUUUCUCUCUCUCACACACACCUUUUUUCUCUCUCUCUCUCUCAUACACAUCUUUUUUCUCUCUCUUUCUCACACACGUUAUUUCUCUCUUUCUCACACACGUUUUCUCUCUCUCACACAGAUCUUGUUUUUCUCUCUCUCACCCUCCCUAUCGCAUCCUGUAUCUAUCGAACUAUUGCAUCUUUUUCUAUCACAUCCUUAUUCUAUCUAUUUCCACACAGUAUCUAUCAAUUUAUCUAUCUAUCUAUCUACCUAUCUACUCAUAUAGAGUGAUGGAAAAGUAG